CCGCAAGAACCACAUUAUUAGAGAGAGUCCAAUUGGCAGGUGGCUAGUGGCAGCAGCACACCGAAGCUCCAUGGCCAUGUUCCCAUCAAGACGAUCCAAAAUUAUACCUAUCAUCAUCAUCAUCCAAAUUAUAUACAAAAACCAUUUAAUAUCCAAUUUCGAUAUACUUGAUGUGGAAUUUCAACUUUAUAUACAGUAUUAUCGGAUGUGAACUGGCUCUCUCUCUCUCUCUCUCUCUCCGGCUCCUCAUCCAAUCCGAUUGAAUCCCAAAUCCCAAGGAAGCAAUUAAGUUUGACCAAUUGAUUUAUGGAUAUUACUAGUCUAUUCCCCUCAUUUAAUCAAUCACGCUUCCGUCUUCGACCAAUCUCAAUGUCGCUAUCAGGUCGGUUUCUAUAAGAAUUUUUUAAGAACGCCGGUGCCUGAAGAUGUCAGCAUAUGGUCAUCCGAUGGAACGGGAGUAUUCCUCCCGGAGUCUCACAAGUGCAGAAGGAUCCGAGAUGGGAAGUCAAUUCAGAAUGGAAUCGGUGAUCUAUAUGUCAUCAUGUGCUGCGACUAUCUUCAUUGGGGGGCUUGUAAUAGUUGGGAUCUUAUUGAUGACCUUGCUGACUGCAAUGACUGUGAUGUUACAAUCAUGUCAAAGCAGGGAAGCUGGAGUUAUUGAAUCGUUCAAGUAUGAUCAUUGCAAAAUGGAAUCUCAACACGCAGAGAUUAAUAACAUGGAAGCGUAUUCUUUGCCUGGAUUUUGUAAGGAAGUUGCUGUGAAGUACAUAAAAGAUGGUCAUUACAUGAGAGAGUUGAACGCUUCGGUGUCACUCAUUGAGAAUUACUUCAAUGGCAUAAGACCAAAUGAUGGUGGUCAUGAUGUUGUGUUAAUGGACAUAGACGACUUCCUUCCAGCCGAAACUCUUCGUAUCAACCCAUUGUCGUACGGAUACAAUCGAAAGCCAGAAAAGCUACAAGACACCAUUGUUGAGGAUCUUAUAUCAGCCGGAUGUGGUGGUUGGUCAAAGUUAAUCAUGAGAUCAAACGAGGGGAUGAAAGAGGAUACUCGUGAUUACUUUUUAAGACAAAAAGUGGGCAUUGAAGCGGAGGGUUAUGAUAUUAGGGCUGUGAUUAGCAGCCACAUGGAUGCUUUAGGAGGCACGAUUAUCACAACACAAAACUUCAAGCUUCCGAACCCCCUUCCGGUUGCUCCACCACGCAGUAUAAUGUCCGAUUAAAAGACAAUCCACCGGUAUAAGUUUCUAUAUAUAUUACUUGUAUAUAAGUUCUUUUUUUUAUUAUUAUAAUUUUUCGACCACAAAUCCAGAAGUGUUUAUUUAUUAUUUAUCUCCUCCAUUUUGUGUAAUAUUCGACAAAAUGCAGACCACACAUGCUAUGUACAUUUGUUUGAUUUAAAUAUAUAAGAUGAAUUGUUAAUUUUUUUUCUAUUGUAU